AUGCGAGGCGGGUUUGCAAGCGCCGCCAUCAAGCCCCAGAGCAAUGAAAAUUUUCACCAACAAGACACAACAAGCGCAAUACAGCCUCUGGCUCACCAACGUGCUGGAUCUCAAUCUCCCGCUGGCGACCCAAUUGCCUUCGACUGUCAUCCCACGCCUCUUCUUUGGAAGCGACCCAAGAGAUGGACAGCUGGGUCGGAUACUUUCGGGACCAGCCCAUGCGUCUGCGUACGGCGACCCUCUUGCCUGCUCCCCGGGAACCACAAAGACGACGACGUCGUCGUCGUCGCCGUUGGGCCACGUCCGCUCGGCGCCUUUCCCAUGUGGCAUACCGCAAACGCCUGCGGGCCUGGACCACGCAGCGGGUGCGGUGCGGUUGGUCCCCUUGAGGUAAGGUGA